CCGGCCCGGCCGGCACUCGGCGCCCGCCAUGGCGGGGCUGGGGCCGGCCGCGGAGGCGCGGCCGCUGCUGGUGAAAAUCGUCAUGGCCGGAGAGUCCUGCGUGGGGAAGUCUUCCAUCGUGCGCAGGUACACGGAGCCUGGCUCGCCUCCCGCCGGCUCUCCCGCCACUUCGUACAUGGCCACGAUCGGCAUUGAUUUUAAAGUAAAGCCCAUAAUGUUUAAUGAUACAAGAGUGAAACUUCAAAUAUGGGAUACUGCUGGCCAGGAACAGUUCCAUACACUUAGUACCAGCUAUUUCCGUGGUGCACAAGGCUUUGUUCUCGUAUAUGACAUCACAAAUCUGAAGAGUUUUCAAAGUAUAACAAUCUGGAUAAAUGACAUAUAUGAGAAAGCAGGUGAUGAAGUGGACGUAAUACUGUUGGGCAACAAGUGUGAUAAGGAGUCAGAACGGGUAGUUCCAAAACAGAAAGGAGAAAAGCUUGCUUGGGAAUACGGAAUGCCAUUUUUUGAGACCAGUGCUAAAGAAAACGUGAACAUUGAGCAUGCAUUCUCAGUCUUGACUAAGGAAAUCCUGGAAAAGAAAUCCGGUGUAUUACAUGACUUAGACGUUGUGUCUCUAAGUGAAACUAAGAAGAGAACCUGCUGUGCAUUCUAAAAUACUGGUUCUUAUUCCGUUUUCUCUUCAGGAAAUAUCAAGUAUUACAAAGGAACAUAUAAGAUUUUAAAAGUCAGCCUGUAAUCCAAAAUACAGUGUUUAAGCAUUACACAUACAUUGUUGCCAAAUUUUUUAUAUGUUUAUAUUAUAUUUUCAUAUUUUUAAUGUGAAGAUAAAACAGUUAUCUGAUUUAGGAAUUAUUAGGUAUUUCACAGGGUGACAGUGCUUGAAUGUAAAUGUUUGCAGAAAUGAAGUCUAAGUGUACUAAUUUUCUGUUAUUAAAAAAACACCCUUCACUUUUUUUGUGUAUUAUUUAUACCAGAUUUGUAAUACAAUGAACAUUGACAUCAUCACACAAGUAACCUUCUGAUAUAUGAAAUCAUAUAACAUCUCUUUACGUACCUGAUAUUUACUGCAAUCCCUUAAGACAAGUCUCAGAGAAUUUUUGGCUUGGUUUCUUUUAUACUAAUUUCAGACACAUAUAUGCUACUUUAAUACCCUUGUAUAGGGACUCUGCAAACUUGAUGUCUGAAAGAAAGGGAUAAACCAUAUAAAGAUUGGUGUCAUAGAAUGAUUUGGGUUGGAAGAGAGCUUGAAGUUCAUCUAGUUCCAGCCUCCCUGAUAUGGACAGGGACACCUUCCACUAGAGUAUGUUGCUGGACCUUCCUAAGAAUUUUGAAAGCAUGGAACAACAGAAUACAUCUAGCAUCCAGUAAUAAUAAUAAUGUUUCUGUUAUUUAAAUUUCAUAAUUCCUUAAAAUAAUUUACACAGGUGUUAGCAGCAUACCUGCAUUUUCAAAUGUUCUUUUUGUCACAAAUUAUCACAAUGAAAGGCUUUCUUUGAUAUUGUGUUUAUUGUAUUUAUUUUGUUUGCUCAAAGUGUAAA